AUUCCCGUGAACAAAGUUUUAGUAUUCCAGUGAAAAAGAAACAGCAGAGAUGGCCUCUGCAGCCUUCAAAUCCACCUCCAAACGAGGGGGAAGUCUAAAUUCCAAUUGCACCAACGCUCAGAAUUCCCACCAUUCCCAAAACCCCACCAUCAGAAGGCAACGAUCUCAAAGCGUCAGCGCAGUUUCCAGAGCCAAACAGUCCCUGAACGACAUUUCUUCUGAAUUUUCCAACAAAAGAGAGAACCCACUUUUCUGGGCGGCUAAUAGUACUAUUUCUACUGCUGAUGAUCAAGAAAAAGAUGAAAAACAGAGAAGGGUUGUUGAGAGUGUCACCAAGAAAGCGACGGGUACAACUGCUGCUGAGAGGGGACGAUCAGUUACGAGGAAUUCUUCUGCUGGGCUGAAGAGUAAUGGAAUUGGGCGUAGCUUGUCUAGAGUUCGUGGAAGGUCCGUCUCUAGAGGACGCUAUCGAUCCUAUGAGAGUGAUAAGGAGCAAGAAUUGGUAAGAUUGAAUAAUGCUCAACAAGAUUUUAACUUUAAGCAAGUUGCUAACAAUUUGAGAAGUGGGAAUACAGUAAAAAAUGGAGCUGAUAGGCAGGGAUGGAUCAAGAGUUCACCAAUGCCAAGCAACCGUGGCCAAGCAACUGAGUGUUCUGAAGAUGAUUCCGUUUGCAGUUUUCAAUUUUCAAACUGGGAAGAUGGGAUUUCAACGUGUUCCCUAUCAGAAACUGAAGAGAAAACCAUUAUUGCUGUUUGCGAACAAAUGAAGGGUGACAAAUGGGGAGGUGAUGCUGCUGAUGCUAGUGGAAUAUAUGAAACUGUCCGAUCAGAAGUGAGACGUGCUAUCUCAAAUAUGCAAAAUGACAUUGAAAGUGUAAGUUCUCUUCUACUUUUGUUUAGUCCUCCUGUCCUUUUAUUGAUUGGCCAUUUUGAGUAUGGAGAUAGUUUAAUAGGAGUGUCUUUAAUGCUUUUCCUGUAGUUUAACCUAAGCCUCCUUGACGAUAUGGUUAUGACUAUCUUGAGGCUACAACAGAUGAUGAAUGGGAUUUCAUACAUAGUGAUUUUUGACCUUUGAUAUUGACCAGUUCUUUUGGGUAUGAAACAAGAUGUAGCUUACAAAAUGGUCAUCACAGUUAGAUUAACAUUGUAAUUUAGAUUGCUAACUUUGUACGAUAAUUAAUGGGUGGAUCAUACUGACCUGCCCAUAGAUUUGUUCAUUAUUGGAGAAACCUCUCUGGUUUUUGAAACAAAGUAACUGCCUUAAAGCUUAUUGUCAUUUUACAUAGUCAUUUCUGAAUAUUUGAUAUUAUUAAAAGGUAUGCCUGUCACUGGUAGAGUAUUAGAAGCAGUCAAUGGAAUACUCUAUGUUGACUGUACAUCACAAGAAACCUGAAAGUUAGUAAAGGAGGUAACUCUGAUUUGAAAAACAAGAGAGGUAUCCAUAAUAUUGUAAGGGACAUCAGCGCCAUUUAUCCGUAAACUAGUAAUUAUCUCCUCAAAUCUGAGCUUCCAAUUUAAAUGGAAAUAGUUUCUAGGCUUCUAUAAAACACUAUUUACUGGUAACUGCUUUUAUGGUAACUAUUUCUGUGGCACCACAUGGUAGACAUUAUUGAUCUUUACUUGAAUUUAGGACUCUCUUCCAGGAUGACAUUUGAUAAUGCUCUUCAUCUUUGCUGCUCACAUCAUCCUCUCUCUGUCUUUCCUGUCUCUCUCAAUUGAAAAUCUCUGAUCAUGCUGUGAAACUUUUAGUAGUACUUUACACAUGAUUCACGUCAAACAUACUUGCAAAUUUCUUAAGACAUGUCUCUAUGCUUCUUAUUGCCUGUUUGAUAUGAAGUAGGAAGCAGUUUUAGUUGGGGUAUCUUGCCAUUCCCUAGUUCUUGGGAUAAAGAGCUUAUGUUAUGUUCAUUGCAUCAAAAGGUCAAAAGAUUUUGAUGUUGCAUGGAUCAAUUAAGUUUUAGUAAGUAAUGAUCUUAUGUUCAAUUGAAAUUUCUUUUGGGAUAUAU